AGCCAAGUUGGAGUUUGAAGGUAUCAAGCUGAGAAACAUUAGUAAGGGGUUCAAUAACACAAAGAAAAUGCAACUGAAAUUUCCUCUUGAGGAAAAUGAGCGUGCUAAGGAGGAAGAAGCCCCACAGGCAUUCCAGAAGACUAGGUUCAUGAGAGGGGGUGACAGAUACCUCCUUUCUAGCCCUACUUCUGGUAGCAUAACCUGGGUGGGAAGGUUUAGUUCUCCCAUGACGUGGUUGCAAAGGAAAUUGAGGUUAGGAGGAGGAAGGAAGGGGAUAAGUUCCAAGCAUGGUUUGGGGACAGCCAACUCCAGGAAGGAGAGGUCAUGGGGGAAGGAAGAGGAUGAAGGGGCUGGAGGUAGGGUUUGCAUAGGCCCUGCAUGUGACCUGCAAGGAAGCUAUAGAGGGGGUGGGGUGAGCUUCAAAGGGGGUGACUCGUCACCAGAGGAGGCACUCACCAGGGGGGCUGCAGGGAGUAGUGGAGGAGGAUUGGGCUUGCUGUUGGGAAGUGAAAGGCAAGAAGGAAGUUUGGAUUUUAGCUGCUGCAUGUUGCUGAUAGUGGAGUUGUGGGGCAAAGGUUUUGGCUUGGAGCUGAUGGAAAGAGCUCUAUUCAACAUUGCAUCCUCUUUGGGUAGGCCUCUCAAAGUGGAUGAGAGCACAUUAAACUUCACAAGACCAGAUUUGGCUAGGUUCUGUGUGGAGGUGAAUGUCUCUAAUCCAUUACCUGUUAAGAUGCACAUCAGAUUAGGUGAUAAAGAUUCAUUUACCCCUCUCAUUUAUGAAAAUGUCCCAUAUUACUGCCAUUCAUGCUUGAAGCUUGGUCAUAUGAAGAACAGCUGCAGAAAGAUGAAGGAUCCAACCCAGAGCUCUCAUGUUCACAAACCGGCUCAAACUGAACCGGUUCAGUCAGAUUCCUCUAUAGAGCAGAUAGGCUUCUCCUCUGGGACUCUAUGGUGGAUCAUGACCCAGGGGAUCAACCUUGGAUUGUCCAAGGGGAGAGUUCUACGUAGACUAGAUAGAGUACUGAUUAAUCAAAGCACCCUUGAUCAAUACUCUGAUAUUUAUCUUUAUCAUUUGGGCAGAACCUCCUCUGAUCACAAGCCACUUCUUCUGGACUGCAUCAACUACCACUUUUCUGGACCUAGACCUUUCAGAUACAUUAAUGCGUGGGCACUUAAUGAAAGUUUUUAUGACAUGGUCAAGAAAGCUUGGAGCUCUUAUAGCAAUGGUAGGGGCAUGAGAGGGCUGGCAAUUAAACUCAAAAAUUUGAAAAAAAGUAUUAAGGAUUGGAAUCUUGCUCAUUUUGGAAAUAUCUUCAUCAAAGUCCAAGAAGCAAAAAAGGCAGCUUUGCAAGCUCAAGAAAACUUUGAAGAUGAGGAAUCUGAAGUGAAUAGAGAGGCCUGUAAUUUGGCCAAUGCCAAGCUACUGAGAACAUGCAAAAUUGAAGAGGCUUACUGGUCACAAAAAGCCAAUGUUAAGUGGAUUGCUAAUGGAGAUGCUUCAACUAAAUUCUUUCAUUCUUAUGUCAAAGGCAAAAGAAGAAAGGCUAGCAUCAGACUUCUAAAAAAUCACGAAGGCAAGGAGAUGGUGGAUCAUAAUGAAAUCUCCAGUUUUAUUGUCAAUCACUUUGAGAGUUCUUACACUCAAGAAUUUAUGGGCAAUCUUGAACCCAUCCUUUGUCAUAUCCCAACUCUUAUCACUGAUCAGGACAAUCAAAAUAUGAUCAAACUGCCACAGGAAGAAGAAAUUAAGGCUGCUAUUUGGCACCUAAAUCCUAAUAGCUCUGCUGAACCAGAUGGGUAUAAUGGAGAAUUCUUCAGGUAUUUUUGGGACAUUAUUAAAGUUGACAUUAUCAGUGCUAUUCAGGAAUUCUUCCUAGGACAUCCUAUCCCUAUGGCAUUUGGAAGCACCUAUAUCAUCCUCAUUCCUAAACUUGAAGGGGCUAAGUUUAUUGGAGAUUAUAGACCUAUUGCCCUCUCUACUUUCUUCAGCAAGAUUAUCUCUAGGAUCUUGUCUAAUAGACUUUCCCCUCUUCUGGACAAGAUCAUAUCACCUAAACAGGAAGGUUUCCAAAAAGGGAAGGGUAUUGAGGAACAUAUCUUAUUAACUAAUGAGCUAAUGCACAGGUUGGAAUCAAAAGUCAGAGGUGGUAAUGUGAUGGUUAAACUUGACAUGGCCAAAGCUUUUGAUAAGAUUUCUUGGUCAUAUCUAAAAAAAGUGCUCAAAUCCUUUGGAUUUAAUGAUCACUGCAUAGCUCUUCUUCUGCAAAAUCUAGAGGCCACUCACAUUUCUUUGCUCAUCAAUGGAAGCCCCCAUGGUUUUUUCAAAAUUAAGAGGGGAGUCAAACAAGGAGAUCCUCUUUCUCCUCUCCUCUUUAUCAUUGGGUCAGAAGGAUUCUCUAGGAGCCUGAACUAUGCUAUCUCUUCUGGUUUUAUAGCACCAUUCAAGGCAGGGAAAAGUCAGGUGGUUUCUCAUCUUGCAUUUGUAGAUGACCUCUUAGUAUUUCUUAAGGGAGACCUAAGGAAUAUGCUGAGAUUUAAUCACAUCCUACAUAACUACCUUAGAGCUUCUGGGCAAGAAAUCAACAACAAGAAAAGUAAGGUUUUCUGCAAGAAAAGCAGCCACUGGACUUACAAGAAGAAACUGGAAGAAGCUCUUGGCUUUAUGGUAGGAAGCCCACCUUUCAAAUAUUUGGGGUCCACUAUUACAACAG